UCUAUGGAUCCCAGACCAAAGCUCUCCAUGGAGGAGGCCAACGCUCUGGUGCACCGUCUCUAUGGAAUCACACCAUCCCAGAUGUCGUCCCUCCCCAGCUAUCUGGACCAGAACUUUCUGGUGGUGAGCAGAGAGGGCUCCAAAUUUGUUCUGAAGGUAAUGAACGCGGAGGAGAGUAAGAAUGGCGCCCAUCUACAGAUCCAAAUCUUCACCACGCUCUGUCUGGGCAAGCGUGGCAUUCCAGUUCAACAGGUGCUGCCCACCACUGCCGGGACGCUCAUGAGCAUGGAGGAGAUAGACUGUGGCCAAGGUGCUCUGACCUUCUGUGUGAGGCUGAUGACCUUUCUACCUGGGAAAAGCAUCUACGACUCUCAGGUCACGCUUCAGGAUCUUUACCAAGUGGGCAAGUUCAUCGCCUCGCUGAACCAGACUUUCCAACAGCUGGAUCUGCCCGAUUCUGAUGCCUUAGACUUUUCUGAAGAUCCCUGGAACAUGCUGAACAUGGCUGCGGUGCAAGACUUCCUUACAGUGGUGGAUGAAGGUCAUCUACAGGAAGUCAUCUUGGGUGUCAUCAAAGCAUUUCAACUAAAUGUGAUCCCCAAAAUUGGAACCUUCCGGAAAGGGAUCAUUCAUAAUGACUUAAAUGACCGAAACAUCCUUGUCACGCCGGCUCUCAAUGGCCACCACAACAUUUCAGGAGUCCUGGACUUUGCUGGACUCGGGAAAAGCUGCAUCGUAUUUGAGGUGGCCGUCUCCAUCAUGUACCACAUGCUCAGCUACCCCAGACCCCUGGAUGUUGGAGGGGCGAUUCUAGCUGGCUGGCAGAGCGUCAUGGUGCUCAAUGAGGAGGAGAAGGAUUCCUUAUAUCUCCUGGUGCUGGGCCGGUUAUGCCAGUCGUUGGUUUAUGGUCGUGACAAUGCGAGAAAAUACCCUGACAAUGCUGAGUAUCUGCUGAGAACUGCCCAAAAUGGGGAGUGGGUUCUUAAAAUGCUCUGGGAACUUGGCAAGGAGGAAGUUCUGAAGAAAUGGUUCUCUGACCUCACCAUGUUCUCCUGAGAUGGCUUUCCUGUUUGCACUUUUACAGGUUGAGCACUAGAGGGAGGCAAAUCUUAAUCACAAUAUUCACAGAGUUGUGGUUUCAAGUUAACGCGUUUAAACGAGUAACUUAAAGUGUUACUCAGAACCGGAUCUUCAGCCAGUGUA